AGUCGAAAAUUGGAUCAUCUUGAUAAUUUUUGUUUCCAAUUUUUGAUGAGAGUUUAUUUUGAUUUGAUUUUUUUUUAUCACAAUUUAACUAAUUGUUCAUUUAAUUACAAUUAAUUUUUAUGACUACUGAUUUUACAUCAACAGGGUGAUAUGAAACUCCUCAAGCCCGUUUGGGUUAAUCAUGACGGUCAACCCAUAUUCUCUGUUGAUAUUCAUCCGGAUGGGACAAAGUUUGCUACUGGUGGACAAGGUGGUGAUGCUGGGCGAGUAUGUUUAUGGAAUUUUGGACCUGUCAUCAAUGAAGAAUUGGAGAAAAAAGAAUCAGUGCCUAAAUUGUUGUGUCAAAUGGACAAUCACUUGGCUUGUGUCAAUGUUGUCAGGUGGUCUCAAUCUGGUAAAUAUUUGGCAUCGGCUGGAGAUGAUGAAACCAUCAUGAUUUGGCAAAUCUCUAAGUAUUUGGGAUCAUCAGCGACUUCAAUCUUUCGAGGAUCUGCUAAUGUUGAACAAUGGAGGUGUAUUGCCACUCUUCGUGGACACUCUGGUGAUAUUCUUGAUCUCAAUUGGUCACCUACAGAUGAAUAUAUUGCUUCCGGUUCAGUUGAUAAUAAUGUUAUCGUUUGGAAUGCUCGUAAAUUUCCUGAAAUAGUUACCAGAUUAAAUGGACACAAUGGUUUUGUCAAAGGAGUCAGUUGGGAUCCCAUUGGUAAAUACGUUGCCUCACAAUCUGAUGACAAAUCAGUUAAAAUUUGGCGAACCAAAGAUUGGAAAGAAGAGAAAACUGUUAGUGAACCAUUUCGUGAGUGUGGUGGUACAACUCAUGUACUUCGAUUGAAUUGGUCACCUGAUGGUCAAUUUCUUCGCAACGAGUGGGGCUUUGGUCACUGCCUUGGGUCUCAAUAGUUUAGUCAAAAAAGCUCCUCCACUGGUCGGUCGAUUUGUACCUUUUUGUGCUGUCGCUGCGGCGAAUUGUGUUAACAUUCCCAUGAUGCGAUCAAAGUAAUUAAUUCACUGUCAUUCUCUUGGUUAAUUUGUGGUUCAUUGAUUGACUUUUUCUCUCUUGAUUCUCAGCUCUUUCUCUUUCUCUCUCUCUCUCUCUCUCUCUCACACACACACACACACAAACACGUGCUUCCUGUUGACUCUUCUUCUUCUUCUUCAUCAACUCUUUUUCAUCAACUCUUCUUCAUCAACUCUUCUUCAUCAACUCUUCUUCAUCAACUCUUCUUCAUCAACUCUUCUUCAUCAACUCUUCUUCAUCAACUCUUCUUCAUCAACUCUUCUUCAUCAACUCUUCUUCAUCAACUCUUCUUCAUCAACUCUUCUUCAUCAACUCUUCUUCAUCAACUCUUCUUCAUCAACUCUUCUUCAUCAACUCUUCUUCAUCAACUCUUCUUCAUGAUGCGAUCAAAUUACUGUCGCAAGUAUCAAUAUUGACCAGCGUAAAUUUCUUUUGGAUAGAUUCUGGCGAACAACAGACAACCUGCUUGAUUGGGAUGAAACUUUAUUCACCUUUCAACUUUACAUUCCUGCAGAUACUUCAAAUCCUCAUCGUUGGACGAUAGAGGAGCUUAAGUCACAUUAUUACACAAUAACGGAAGGGAUUUUCAAUGGGUUGAAAGUCGCCUUAAAUAAAGGAAGUGAAGAAGUUGCCACCAGAUAUGGCAGCCAGUUUGAUCUACGUGACCGUGACCUUGGACUCCAAUAUUGAUCUCUCUCUCUCUCUUCUCUCUUGUUUUCUUUCUCUUUUUCUCUCUUUUCUCUUGUUUUCUUUUUCUUUCUUGUGCCUGAGGAUGAAUCAUCUUCAUCAGAUUAUGUUCCCUAUUGUUAAACCUUGAAGAAUACACUUGUAGAUUACAAUCUUCAUCAUCACAUAACAACAAUUCUCAUUAUCAGUGCAUUUAUAAUAAAUCUUUAAUUUGUUCAA